GACCCGCUCCCGCGGGGAGGGCUUUGAGGGGCGCGGAAGACCUGGGGAAGCGGUCCGACUGGCGGCGGCGGGAAGUGACGAAUGGGCGCAGUUCGCUACGUGCCGCGACGUGGCGGCGAGGCCGGCUCGGGGCGGCGGAAGUGGCUCCCUCGCAGGGACUGGAGUGUUUGUGUUUUGGUUCGCGAAGGAUCCCGCGGCUGGCCUGAGGGGAGGAGGCAGUGGAGGAGGCGGAGGAAGAAUUAGUGGGAGCUCUAGCGCCGGCGGCGGCGGGGCAGAGGAGGAGAAAGAAAAGAGGAAGGCGGAGCGGAGAGAGGCGGAGACCCAGCCCGACGGGGGCGGCACCACGGAACAGGCCCCGCACCGUCCAGUCUGAGGGGAGCGGCGCGAGGAGGAGACGCCCCGCCGCCAAAGCCACAGCCUAUUCUCGGACUUGGUCUGGGACCUGCUGCCCGGAAGCUUCAGCCCUGCGGCUCUGCGUGCUGCGGUCUAAGGUUUCUUUAUCUCCAGAAAGAAAACAUUGACACCUUGCAUCCUGGAAGUUCAUUUAAGAGACUGAAAUUAGGGACUUCUUUAAAAUUUGGACAUGGCUAAUCGAGGAGCAACAAGACCCAACGGGCCAAAUACUGGAAAUAAAAUAUGCCAGUUCAAACUAGUACUUCUGGGAGAGUCUGCAGUUGGCAAAUCAAGCCUAGUGCUUCGUUUUGUGAAAGGCCAAUUUCAUGAAUUUCAAGAGAGUACCAUUGGGGCGGCUUUUCUAACCCAAACUGUGUGUCUUGAUGACACAACAGUAAAGUUUGAAAUAUGGGAUACAGCUGGUCAAGAGCGGUACCAUAGCCUAGCACCAAUGUACUACAGAGGAGCACAAGCAGCCAUAGUUGUAUAUGAUAUCACAAAUGAGGAAUCCUUUGCCAGAGCCAAAAAUUGGGUUAAAGAACUUCAGAGGCAAGCCAGUCCUAACAUUGUAAUAGCUUUAUCUGGAAACAAGGCUGACCUUGCAAAUAAAAGAGCUGUUGAUUUCCAGGAAGCACAGUCUUAUGCAGAUGACAACAGUUUAUUAUUCAUGGAGACAUCAGCUAAAACAUCAAUGAAUGUAAAUGAAAUAUUCAUGGCAAUAGCUAAGAAGUUGCCAAAGAAUGAACCACAGAAUCCAGGAGCAAAUUCUGCCCGGGGAAGAGGAGUAGACCUUACUGAACCCACGCAGCCAACCAGGAGUCAGUGUUGUAGUAACUAAACCUCUAGUUUGAACCCGCUGGAAUAUUCUUCUGCUUCUUAAAUAUUAACGGUGGAAUUGGAGCUCAGUAUGACUUCCAAAAGAAGAGACUUAUAAUAGAGUCAAGUUUCUAAUACAGAAUUAUUUUAAGUGUUUUGAACUUAAUUUUUAAUAACAUGCAUGUGACCCUCUGACUAAUGUUUCAGCAGUAGAAGGGGGAAAUGAGAGCUGUGUGUACACUUGUUUCCUUGGAAGGUUAGGGGUAAUCAUUUCUCUUCACCAGGGAUAUAUAUAGGCAAACGACUAUCUGAACCUACAGUUACCCAGCCAGAUCUACGAAAAAGAUUUCAAAUUUAAUUUGAGAUUUUCAGAAACAUUCUUUUUUAGAAGAAGGUUCUAAAGAUAUUUAUGCUUAGCUAUGGUAUACAGGCAACUGGUAAUUUCUUACAGUAUCCGUAUUUAAAGUGUACAUUCCACAUUUUAGAAAAUUAGCCACAAGAAAACAGUCCCACAUCUUUAGGACAGAGUAAGGAAUGAGCAUUAGUGGCAUUUAAAUUGUAGACAGUACUGUUAUUUUAAGUGGGGUGUAAAAAAAUAAAAUGUUAACCCCAUCUUGUUUUAGGAAUAUGAAAGCUGAUAAAUGCAUUUUAAUGGGUAGUGUUUCCUUCAAACGUGAGCUCUUCAACAAAAGUGAAACAAACCAGGUGUCUGUAAUUUCUGUUUAAUCACUGCGGGCCAUUAUAUAGGUUUAGUUGUUUGGGGGUAUGGAAAGGGCUUUUGUUCCCUUUGGACAUGAUAUAGUCAAUGCACUAACAAUUAUGUACAUUCAAACUUGAUUAUUUUAAAUUCGAGCUGUACUGUAAAUAGGGUACUGCAUUGUAGUCUCCAUCCAUUUACUGCUUUUCUGUAAUAUUUAAGAAUUGCUUAAAAGUAUACAAAAUGUACAGUUACUAAAACAGCUAAUUUUUCCCUUCUUGCCCCCUUUCAGUGGAAGGGGCUUCAGUUCCUACAUGGCUAGAACCAUGAUAAAACAAUGUACCAGUAAUUUGUAGCAUACGUAUUGCAAUAUAUGUUAGUAACAAUCUUGCAGCCUUGUUUUCCAAAGUUCAUUUUAUCUGGAUCAGUUCGGUAUAUUGCACUAAUUGUUUUUGGUAUUUUCAUUAUAUGAAAUCUACCAUGUGUCAGAGAUGAUUUAAUCUAUUUAAGUGUUGAACUGCUAGCAAAACUUGUAUAUUUACAGUACUUCAGAAUUAGUAAGGAAAACGGUUCACCAGUGUUUAGUUUUAUAUUGAGGUGCCCAGGUUGGAAUAAAGUGGUAUAAAAAGCAAGUAUUGGUUUUUCUCUCUUUUUUGGCAUGAAACAGUGAACAUAUAUAAAUGGUAUUAUGUAACUUAAAAUCUGCUUUUAUAUUUUCCUAACCACAUUCUUAAAAAUGAUUUGUGUGGUAUUGAUGUAUUAUUAUCCUAUUAUCUGGUUCAUUGAAGAAAUUGUCUUUAUAUUUUUGUAUUCUGGAUAAUCAGAACUUUUAUCUUUUACUUCAGAAACUGAUACUCACUUCCACUGAGAAGUAUGACCAUAACUGUAAUGUUGUCUCUGGAGCCAGCCAUUAAAGCAGCAUUUACAAGUUCAUGGCUGAUAUACUCAGCUGCAUCUUCAUAGAAACUAUUAGUGCUUAUUUUUUCUUUUUCACUUGAAUCUUUUGGUACACUGUCUACAUGUCUGUCAGUUUCUUCCUUACUGCAAGGAUCACGAUUAGUCAUUUCUGGUAGAAUUUGUGCAUUUCUAGGAUCACGAGUGAAAUAUUGAGAAUAUUUUGAAUCAGAUAUACGUUCUUCAGAAUUUUUACUUGACACACAUUCUUCAGAUUUACGUUGAAACAAUACACGGAUAUUACUGUCUGAUUUAGAAAUUCUUGGUUCAUUGAUUGGGAUAAGCAGAGGAACUUGGGUUGGUGAAGAUUUUUUGGGGAUGAUGGAAUGGUAUGUUUCUUGAAACACUUGAAACAUUGUUAUUGCCAGUGCAGUGACUUGCUUGUUAUCCAGAACUUCCCAGAGUCCAUUAGUAGCUAAAAUAAGGAAUUGACAUAAAUCAUCUAUAGGGACAGAAAUAGUUUGAGGUGCUGGAAUAAUGAACUUUUUCAGUUUGGGAUUUCCAUGAAAUCCAAGUCCUCUUGUAGUUUUUAUUUUUCCUUCUAGGAGCCCAUAUGGUUCAUUUGAACUAAUUAUUGCUCCAUUCUGAAGUACUCUUCCUUUUUCGUCUAUGUUUUGCAUAGUGUGUUCUUUGGUUAGGCAAAACCCAUGCCCAUUUCUGCAUAAGACUGCUUGCACGUUACCUAAAAGAUUAUUAGAAAAAAUUGAGGUAGAGAUUUAAUAACCAAUUGUGUCAAAGUAUUCUGUUAACUUUAUUAAGUCUAUGUUUCAUUGCAUAAACCAGUAUGUGUAAUAGUGAUAUCAUUAAUUGGAUGAUUUAUAGUAAGUCAGACUGGGAAGCCAGUUUAUUCCUUAUUUUAAAGCAAUUUAGUGUUUAAAAUACUGCAUUUAGUAUUAAAAUAACUAAAAUUAUAGAUGCUGAAAAGUCAGAUUUGUUUAUGAAACCACUUCCAAAUGUUACUUAUUUUGUAGAGCCAAGAGUUUAACUUUUUUAUAACGAACAUAUAUUCCAUAGAGCAGACAUUUUUAAAUGUUUAAGUAAAUACCUUUUCAUUUAAAAUCAUAAACCUUGAAUUUUUUUUAAAAAGUGAAAUUUGGUGAUUUUAUAAUUGGUAAAAGGUAAAAACUGAAUAUAUGUUUGGGUGAUGAAAAAAUUAAAAUACCACUGUUAAUGUCAGUCUUGCGAGGUUCCUGAUGUGUAUGGCUAAAAAGAAAUCAAGUCACUUGCCCCUGUGAAGAAAAAACUAUGUAUUAUUAAUGUAUUAAGUGGUUAAUAGUUAGCCAUCAUGAAAUUAAACCUUUUGAUUGAAAACUGAAAUCAUAAAAGUUGAUUAUAGUUAAUGUUUCAGAUGAACCUGUUAUGUGUGCUUCAUUGAAAUCUUAAGAAAAUAAACAAUGCUCUGAACAGA